AUGUCUGCUGCUCCAUCAUCUCCUGUUCGAGCCCCCACACCCCCACAUGCUCCUAAUCCAGAUCCUGUCCCUUUUGGUUUACCUCUUGUUGCACCACUUAUCCAUGAGCCUGUUUCAGCACCACUUGAUCCUCCACCUGUUGAUCCACCUGUUCCACAGCCUCCACCUGUCGAUAUUGUCCCCCCUCAUGUCGUUACAGAUGAGCAUCGCACCGAUCUCCCUAUUGUCUUUCUGCAGGAGAUCCCAGCUCCCUGUCUUGGGGAAGGCACAUCUGGUCAGCCGUCGAGCUUUGUCCCUCUUGCUUCAGCUGACUUCCCACCUAUCCUGCAGUUCCCUCCUAUUGUAUCAUUACUGCUCGAUGAGCCAUUUCGAUGGUUCCCACCUUAUAUGAUGCCUAUUUCUGAUCCAUAUCACCCCUCUCACUACGGUGGUUACACACGUGAUGAGUUACUUCUGUCCCUGCAGCUUCAGUUUGAGAUUCUGAGCCGUAGAGUCCUCGAGUUAGAGUUUGAUGAGGGUUCCAGACGAUCACCAUUUCCCUUUCAUCCUACUUCUGUUCCUCCACCCUCAUCAUCAGCUUCUUUUGUUCCCCCACCUGCUGCUCCUACAUCUAUUCCGGGCUUUGAUGCCCGCUUCCUCACAGUUGAGUAG